GAAGAAGAAUUGUCUUCCGGGCCAUGAGGCGGAAGUUAAGAGACUCGCUACCGUGGCGUGUUCGCGUCAAAGUUGCCACUAUGAUGUGUAAUUACUAGUAAACAAAGCAGCUAAAGUCAACUCGUCCACAUCCAGAAUGGCCAGUCAGGAGCAGCUGGCAGCGGUGGGCAAAGUCCUGCUGGACUCGAGUCUGGACCUGACCCAGCGAUUCAGGGCUUUGUUUACCCUGAAGAACUUGGGAGGUGCUGAAGCCGUGGAGUGGAUCAGCAAAGCCUUCACGGACGACUCUGCUCUGCUGAAGCACGAGCUGGCCUACUGUCUGGGCCAGAUGCAGGACUCAGCGGCCAUACCCGCCCUGAGCGCCGUGCUGCAGGACGCGCGGCAGGAGCCCAUGGUCCGACACGAAGCAGGCGAGGCUCUGGGGGCCAUCGGGGAUCCUUCCGUUCUGGACCUGCUGAAGGCCUACACCCGGGACCCCGUCGUCGAGGUGGCGGAGACGUGUCAGCUGGCCGUCCGGCGCGUGGAGUGGCUGCAGAGCGGGGGGGAGAAACAGCUGCAGGACGGCCGCACGGACCAGAACCCCUACCGCUCGGUGGACCCCGCCCCUCCCGCCCCCAGGAGGAGCGCGCCCGAGCUGCGCGGCGCCCUGUUGGACGAGAGCCUGCCGCUCUUCGAGCGCUACCGCGCCAUGUUUGCGCUUCGCAACCUGGGCAGCGAGGAGGCGGUGCUUGCUUUAGGAGACGGCCUGCAGUGUUCCAGCGCGCUCUUCCGCCACGAGAUCGGUUACGUGCUGGGCCAGAUGCAGCACCCGGCGGCGGUCCCGGCCCUCCGCGCCGCCCUGGAGUGCGGCGGCGAGAACCCCAUGGUGCGUCACGAGGCCGCCGAGGCCCUGGGCUCCAUCGGCGAGGAGGAGUGUCUGGCCGUGCUGCAGCGUUACCGUGGCGACAGCGAGCGCGUGGUCAAGGAGAGCUGCGAGGUGGCCUUGGACAUGCUGGAGUAUGAAAACAGCGAGCAGUUCCAGUAUGCGGACGCGCUGACACGCCUACAAGGUUAAAGGUCACAUUGAAGUCCCGUACAAAUAAAUACAUAUAUGCCUCAAUAAAAUACUUCCUCUUUUCUUA